ACAAGAAACGUCAGCGGCGUCGACAGGAGGCAGAGGGAAGUAAGAUGGCGGAGGCUGUGCCCGACACUCGCCGGCUCCUGGCCAAGCCCCAGAAUCUUAACGACGCUUACGGGCCGCCUAGCAACUUCCUGGAGAUCGACGUGGGCACCCCGCAGACGAUGGGGGUGGGUAGGCAGCGCUACACCACUUACGAGGUCCGGAUCAAGACUAAUCUCCCAAUAUUCAAGCUGAAGGAAUCUUCUGUCAGAAGAAGGUACAGUGACUUUGAGUGGCUGAGAAAUGAGCUUGAAAGGGAAAGUAAGGUUGUGGUGCCACCAUUACCUGGCAAAGCACUGUUUCGUCAGCUUCCUUUUAGAGGUGAUGAUGGAAUCUUUGACGAUAGUUUUAUAGAAGAAAGAAGACAAGGACUUGAACAGUUCAUUAACAAAGUUGCUGGACAUCCUUUGGCACAAAAUGAACGGUGUCUUCAUAUGUUCCUGCAAGAGGAAAUCAUAGACAAAAACUACACACCAGCAAAAGUGAAACAUGCACAAACAGUGUGAAUGGACUAAAACACUGAUCUGUCCAAACAAUCCUUCCAUACCAAUUGAAAUUGCUGGUUUGGCUAAUCCUCAAUACAUCUUUCUACUUAUUGAUAUUUCUGAAAGCAGAACUUCAUCUCAGGUGCAGAUCACAAGCAAGAAAGAUCUGCAUUCAGGAUUAGAGCUGGCCACUGUAAUUUGGCUUUAUAUAACACUUUUUUGCUUAACAUUCAUUCUGAAGCCUUACAUUUUCAGUAAAGAAAUAUGCUGAUGUAAUCUUUGUUCUUUGUGCCCAGAUGUUAAACUUGGCAGAAAUUACUGUCAGAUGAACCUGUGGCAUGAGUAUAGCAUUUCUAACAAUUUUAUCUGAUGCUUCAUCAGUUGAGAGUAUUUUUAUAAUGCAUGUGCUUUGUAAAUUAAGAAAAUACAUAUUUGGCAAGAUGUCUGUUUUUGGAGAAGUGCAUGGUAUAUAGAUGGUAAGACUCAAUACCUCAUUUGAGGCCAAUUUGACAUUUUCCUUUGAGUUCCUGGAAUAGUCCUUCAGACUGAUGUCAAGUUCAUCUGAGACAUGCUAUAUAGUCUCCCUUUUCUCCUUCCAAACUAGUAAAGCCCACGUUCCCAUUUAUAUACUGUAUCUGUACCUAUGGCUGUUGUAGUAAUUACUAAGUUUGUUCCCAAUUUUGUACUGAAGUCAUGAUAGCUGAGUCUCAAUACACUUCAGUUUGUCAAACACUAAGACUGAUCCUCCUGUGUGAAGUUGAAAUGUUUUCAAAUAAAGUCCAUAUGAGAAAA